CGGGGUUACUCUACCCAGGGAAGGAGGGAUGAGGGUAUCGCCUUCAUCCCUUGGGGAAGGGCCUCGGGACUCCCAACCCAAAAACAGCACCGCCGAAAAUCCAAAUCCCUUCCUUGCCUCUCCGAAUCAUGGGCCAGCUGCCGGAGCCCAGAACCCCACCCACGGUCUCCCAGCAGGGUCUGAGACACCCAGACCACCGCCACGGCAGCCCCGCGCUCAAGCCCAGAUUCGCCCUCCGCCCCCUUCCUCUUUCGCCCAGCCCAGCCCAGCCUCCGGCGCCGCCCCCACCGAGUUCCCCAGCUUCAUGAAGGACAUUUCAAGCAUUGCAGAGCUUCUCUAAAGGCUACACCUAGAAUGCUAUUGACAUUGCCUUUCAACAAGGAAGAAAAUCUUCCAUAUGGUC